AGUCAGGUAACCGCCGCGCAGACGCGCGCCCGUUGCUCCUCGCAGACGGCAGGAGACGCGGAGGGAGGCGGCGCGCGCGAGCGGCUCGGCCCCGGACGGUUUUGCCUCGUGUUGGAAUUUACUUUUUGUUGGUUUGAAAAAAAGGAAAAAGAAGGAAAAAAACGCUAUCACCUUCUCACCGAAACCAACUUCACCGUCCGGUAAAAUAAAAAAAAUUAAAAAAAAGUUUGAUAAGCGUCACAUAAGCGGUCGUCCCGGCGUCGCCUUUGUGGAGCGAGCUCAGCGCGGAGGCUAACUCAGGUGUUCAGUUACACGGGGAACUUUGAGCUAUUUUAGCUGUGUUGCUAACUAAUUACGAAUUACUCCGCGAGGGCGAUUUCGCUCUCUUUUCGUUCUCUUCUCCGCGGGUUGGUUGCGUUGCCUCCACCUCACGACCUGGUUCCGUCUCCCUCCCGCGCCUCUCUGGACUCGGCGUAUCGCGUGGACACUUUGGAACAGCUGCCAGGAUGGAUGAGACGGAGAAGUACCAACAGAGGCUGGAGGCCAUUGCUGAGAAGCGUCGGCUGCAGGAGGAGCAGGACCGAGCUAGGAGAGACGCGGAGGACGAGAAGCUCCGACUACAGCAGCUCAAGAGAAAGUCUCUGAGGGACCAGUGGUUGAUGGACAAAGCUCCCUCGUCCCCGACCUCCCUGGAGGCCCCGAGCCCCCGCUCCCCCCUUCGGGGCUCCGCGGCCAAGGAGAUCGAAGAGAGCACUGACAGGCUGCAGUCUGAGAGUCAGCGGUUGGCAGAGGAGGAACAGCUGCAGAGUGAACAGACGGAGGACAGCCAAACGGAGGCUGUUAAAGAGGCAGCACCUGAAGCAGAAAUGGUGCACGGUGCUGUGGUGCAGAACGGAGAGCACAAUGGAUCGGAUGAAGUGAAGACAAAAAGCACCCAACCGGAGCAAACUGCAGCAUUCCUGAACAAUGGCGACGCCGACGACAACGGCGACUACGACUCUCGGGCCUCCACCAACGGAGAUGUUGGCGACAUAAUGUCGCAGCCCGGGAUGAGUUUGGGCGUUUCUGAGGCAGAGCCCGGUCAGGCUCCAAGCGUCAACUUCGAGGAAGAGGAGGAGGAGGAGGAGGAGGGCAUCCUGGUGAUGAGAGCGGAGCGGGUGAUCAUCACAGACGAGGGGGACGAGGUACCCGAGGAUCUCGCACACCAGAAGGAGACCACAAAGGCAGAGGAAGCGGUCCCGGAGGGAGUGGAGGCUGCGACGGGGGGGGUGAAGACGGAGCUUGCUCCAGAAACCUUCACAGAACCGGAGCAGAGCGAGGCAACUAAACCCGCUGCUGAGGAACACUCGGCACCUGGAGACUCGCAGGCGGGCGUGGCAACCAACGAAAGCGGCGACGCGCCUGAUGCGCAGGACAGAGAUUCGGAAGCCCCGACCUCUGCCCGGGCGCAGUCCCCAGCCGGCGCCUUAGAGGGCGUUGCGGUGGCUUUGGUGCCGCUCUACUCCCGGGCGCAACCCUGCGCUCUCGCCCCCGAGCAAGAGGCAGGGGGCGGAGCUGCAACGUCACCAGAGGGAGCCGAGGUGGCGCCGAAAUCCCCGAAUGCUGCCGCCCCGCCAGAACAGUUCCAGGAGGUGCCCCUGGCUGACCCCCAGGAGAGCCAGAGGACAGAUGUCGCGCCGAGGGAGCAGGACGCCCUCCUGGGCCGGUCUAGCGACACCAGUUCAGAGCCGCCGGCGGCCUCCGGCGGCGCAGAGACACACGGCUUGGCCGGUAAGGCAGCCGACGCGCGCAAACACAAGAGCUGCCAGUGCUGCUCCGUCAUGUAGAACCCCCCCUCCCAGUGCUGCUCCAUCAUGUAGAACCCCCCCCUCCCAGUGCUGCUUCUUUUUUAAACAUAUUUCUGGUUGGCAGAUGAGCCAGACAAUCUACAUACGACCACAAAAAACACAUUUCAGCUGCCGAAGAUCAAUUAAACGGUUUUAUCCAACUCCUGAGGAAAUUUCCAUGAUUGUAACAUGACAUUUUACAUCCAAAGAUCUGGUUUCAGAGAGACAUCUAAUGAUUUUAAGGCUGAUUUGUAUGGAUUUUGGUCUUUCAUUAGAGAUACUUUUGAUUCAAGUAUAAUGACUUUAUUACAGGUUUUGACAAUACACACACUAACAGCAUGAAAAUGUGUAAUUCAUGAGCAACGUGCACCACUGAAUAUUUUGUGGGACGUCGCCAGUUUUAAAAGAUUAUUUUAAGAUACCGGAAAGUAUGAAUUUUGUAUUUUUACCGGAUGUCCUUUUGAGAGUUUGUGCGUGGAUUUAUAAACCGCAGACAAACACACUGAAUGGAGCCUGUCUGAGAUGUCAGCUUGGAAACGAUUAAUGAAUGAUUUAAUGAUUAAACUGACAUUUGCAAUA